AUGAAAUGGGCUACGCAUCAGAGUAAGAUCUCAGACAAGGCAAUAAGGAUCUCUCAUGCACUACAAAGCAUAUGCAGCAGGAAAUGGGGGUUAGGAGAAAAAGCAAUAAAAAUUAUAUACAAGGCAUGUAUAGAGACGAUUAUUCUAUAUGGAGCUCCAUUUUGGGCGGAAGCAGUGGAUAAUGUUAGAGCAAGGAAGAAGCUUAAUAAGGCUCAAAGAUUUUCCCUGAUUAGAAAGUGUAGAUCCUAUAGAACUGCACCUACAGAAGCAUUGCAGGUCAUCUCCGGGGUUCUACCACUUUAUAUAAGAGCAAAAGAGGAGAUGUGGAAGUGGAAUCUUAACAAUGGGGGCACCAUAGAUAAUCCAGACAGCGAUCUAUAUAAAUAUUUACAAAUCGGGUUAUUUCCUAACCUAAAUGAGUACAACUUAAAACACUUUGUUACGACCAUGAGUAGUAAAGUCAAAUUUCUUGAUGUUUAUCCCAGUACGGCAGGUGACAUUUCACUGAUAGACUUCAAUGACAGUAUAACCUUGAAUUUUAAUGUGUACACCGACGGCUCCAAAAGUGACUGCUGGACAGGAGCGGCUUUUGCUAUUAUGGACCACCAGAAUAUCACUAAUUUUAAAGCAAGCUUUAAGCAUAUUCAAGUGGCCAUUCACAGACUAAAAAAUGGAAAUGAUAUUCUAGCUAAUCUCACCCGGCAGGAACUGUUAAGCUGUCAUAAUAAAGUAGCCUUUACUUGGGUGAAAGGGCAUUCUGGAAUAGAAGGGAAUAACAUCGUAGAUCAAAUGGCCAAGCAAGCUGCUGCAUCCUCUGCUACCCCAACUUAUUGGGAAGCCCCUAAGAAAAUAAUCAAUAAUGCAACAGUAUGCCUACAUAAUUACCUCAGGACGUGUGACAUAAGAUGUCUGUCCCAGGAAAGUGCUUAUUGCACCAGUAAUUAUGUGGAUUCAGAAGGAUUUAAUGGUGAAAUAAAACCUGGUCAGUGGCGUUAUGAAACAGAAACAAACGAAGCAAUGACAGACAUUACUACGUGCUAUUUUAAAAAUAGUGGUAGUGAUGCAAAGAAAGUUCGCGAAUUAUUUCAAGACUUUUUUAUGAGCGAACAAGGUCGACUUCCUUGGCAGAAUGAAGUUGUGACAAGAGGAUCAACUCCAGAAUUGUCUAAAUAA